AUGGUUUGUCAGCUGUUCUUUCCUCUACGUCCUUUUUUCAAGAGGUGUCAUGGACAUUUAAGACGUUCAAGCACGUGUUUUUUCUUUCCUGGGCAAGGAGCUCAGUAUGUCGGAAUGUGUAAAUCUUUUCUCAAAGAGCCAACGGUGAUACAACUAUUUGACGACGCUCACAAGAUAUUGGGGUAUGAUUUACUGAACAUAUGCUUAAAUGGACCCGCUGAAGUGUUGAACAAAACAGAGACAUGUCAGCCAGCUGUUGUUGUCUCUUCACUUGCUGCACUUCGGUAUCACAGGGCAAAGCAAUCACAGGUAAAAUUUCCCACAAAACAUCGUUCCAAACCUUGUAGAUAAAGUAGAUCUUAGCCUGUGUCGCAGACAUAAUCCGACCCUGGCUUGUAUCAUCUGCUAAGCAGUGCCAAGAUCCUUGUUCUGUACCCUCAGUGGACUUAACAAAUUAUUGGAAGUGCAAUUGCAAAUUUUCCUUCAGCCUUAUUGGUCAUUUGAACAAUGGCUUAUGCAGCAGGCUAAUCAAGGUAUACAUGCAAAUCCUGCUACACAGCUGUCGACCUAAAACAGGGAUUUACAGCAAAUGUGACCACUUUUGAUUUAUUCGUAUUCUUUCGUACAGAUUUAAUCCAAUCAGAAGGCAGCUAGACACUGUCGUCGACUUCUGAUUGGUUGAUGUUUGCAUGGAAGAAUGUGAGUUAAUUAACAGAGGUCACACUUUUGGGCUCAUUACUGUAACACUGGCUGGUAGAUGGACUUAACCAGAGGUUUAGUUUCAUCUGUGGUGCGGGCUAAGUAAAUCUCAGUGAGGCUGAUGUGAGUAGCAAAAACAAGGCCAUGUACCAUUGCUCACCAGGUCCAAGAGAAAACAACAUCUCUGGCGACUACAUCCAGUGUACCAGCGGGGGGAGGAUGCAUUCUAUUGGGAAGGGGGGCUCCUCACAAAUUUUACACUUUAAUUUUGAUUAUCUGCCUGUGCCUUCCAGUGGGGUCAAGAUUAUGGGUCUCCUGGGGAUGAUUUCUUGAAAGUCCCAGUAAUUCUUCAGAUCCAAAGGCAUUCUUUAAAAACAAAAGCUAAAGAAUACAGUAGAACCGCAUUAACUCAAACUCUGAAGGGAACCUAAAAACAGUUCGAGUUGUGGGGGGUUGAGUUAUCAGGGUAAAUUGAAAGUCAAAUUAGCCAUCUUAAUAAUAAUAAUAGUUACUGAUUUUUCAGCACUUCAGAGCAUAGUACAGUGCAAAUUUAACAAAUUUCAGUCAUCAGAAAUUGUAACAUGAUUGUGCUUUUGAUGAUAAAACGUGAUCUGUUUGUUGCACCAAUCAAACCAAAUUGCUGCAGUGUUAUUUUUAGUGUUUUAAGCAAUUAUACAACAAGAAGAGCUAAUGAAAUGGCAUUCAAGUGAUCGGGGAAAGUUUUAGUGAAAUUUUGAUCAAAGGAAAGGAAAUGUAGUUCGACUUUAGCGAGGAAUUUGAGUUCUCCAAGAUCAAACCGAGUAAGAAUGACCGAAAAGUGGAGUGAAAUCCAAGGGAAAAAGUAAAUAUUCCAUUAUUAGUAUAUAAAAAUACACUGAAAGUCUCAAACUGCUACCUAUAAAUUUUUGGCUGUCUUUCAUUUCUACGGGUCUCAUGACAUGGAGCCUUUUAAACCUUGUUCUAGGUAUUUCCUGAUUGGUCAAAUAAACUCGAUGCAUGCACAACAGUUACUGCUGGGUUUAGUGUUGGAGAGUUGACAGCCUUAAUAUUUUCUGGAGCACUUUCUUUUAAAGAUGGUAGGGUUUUUCAAUACUCAGCUGCUUGCUAUGCUUGGAUAUACAAGCAACGUCCCAUUACCAAUUACCUCUCUUUGGCCAUCGCAUAUCCAGGUUCCAAAAAUAUCCUUGUUCAAAGCACUAUAUUUUAUCUAGAACAUUUUACCAUCAAACUGUCACUUUUAUCCCUACUUGCUUAAAGUGUCAAAUGUAUGGGAAUUGUUAGCCUGCAAAAACAGCCAUCUCUCCUCUCUUCUUUGCCGCUAGCGACAGAAAUUUUAUAUUGAUGAUGUAAAAUCCGUGCAGAAUCUGGCGAGGAGCUCUGAUUGGUCGACAUAGGAGUUACAUUGUUUUAGCUAUUGUUUACAAAUGACAGACAAAAGACAAAAGGCCACAAAGGUCAAAUGUAAACGCGAUGAAUCUACUAACAGUCAAUAUUCAUGGGAUAUAUUCCUUUUUACGAGAAGCAUUAUUUUGAGUUUUGUUGGAGCUUGCCUGCAGAAGAACACAAAACUUUACCAAAAAUGAUCAGGCAAAACCUAAAAUUGAACAAAUUAAUUUACAUUUGGAACCCCAUGACUACCGCAUAAAUUAUGUAAAUAUUGAUUUAAGUCAUGAGAAUGAAAUUGCUUCUCUCCUGGCGAAACAACCUAGCGGCGAGGAGCAAAGAGAGAUGGCUGUUUUCAUAGGCUAAUGAAUUUUGAUUCUCUUGGUUGAUUCCUGAGAACUGCACCCAAGUUCAAAUGAGAAAGAAAAAUUUCUUGUUGAGUGUUCACAUGCUCCACCAAAUGUCACAGAAAAAUUCGUGUCAUGUUAGAGCAGCAAAGAAGUGUACCAAAAAGCAUGCUUCAAUUUUUAUUGUUUUCUCAUUGCCAUCACUGUUGUCAUUGAUAAAUUAAGCUCCCAACUAUUAUUUGUUUAACCAAUCUACUGGACUGUGGUGAAGUACGAGCCUGUUUAUGAUUAAUGCAAUAUCUCAGCAAUAAUUAUUUGUACAGUAAUCCUCUCUGUUUCUAGGUCUGAGACUAGUACAGCUGCGUGCACAAGCCAUGCAGGAAGCAUCAGAUCGGCACCCUAGCUGCAUGGUAUCCAUAAUGGCAUCCAAAGACCAGAGUGUUGAGGAGCUCUGUGACAGUGCAAAAGAAUGGUCAUGCCACAGAGGUGUCCAAGAACCAGUUGCGUGUACUGCAAACUAUUUGUUUCCAGGAGGAUGGGUCGUGGGUGGUGACAACUUAUCCCUGCAGUACAUCCUAGAGUUUGGAAAGUCCAAGGUAUGUUUUUAAACAACUUUUAGUUUCAGUAUCAGUUAUUUAUUGCCAGGGAAAAAAAACAGAUAUUCUUUACAUUAUUAUGUUAAAGGUCAAAGUUAAAUUAAGGUUGAAAUUUUUUAACCUACAAUGUUAUCAUGGACAAAAGUCCUUGGGACAGUCAAAACGUCACUUCAAUUCUAUGUGUUUCACUUGUAAGUUACGUUGCAAAAAGCAGUGCUGUCUUCUUACAAAUCCAUGUCCCCUCCCCCCUCCUUACCUAAUACAAUGUUGAAAGAUCAAAGGAAUUGUGCCUUGACGGUUUCAACACUGUCUGUGGGGUGGGGGGAGGAGGGUAGGGACGUACAGUUUUAGGAGUGCGCAGAUACAAUUUUGCUUGUGUUAAAAAGCAUUUGAACUGUACAACUGUCCCAAGAGUUUUGUCCCUGAUGGUAGGUGGAUUCUCUAUUUUCGUAGUCUUCUAGCCCUAAUUAUUCAUGAAGAGACACAGGAAACUGAGAAUCAAUCUAGGUGAAAAAAAAUUUCAACCUGAAUGUAAUUUUGACCUGUAACAUACACUGUAUACACUGUAGUUAGCUAGCUAGUGAAGGAGACUGCUGGCCAGCAUGACCUCGAGAUGAACCUUGCCUAAACAGGGUGCAAAGAAAAUCAUUUUUACAGUUUGCCAUUCAGGCAAGCUGAAGCUAGUAUUUACUAGCCUAGACAUCAUUUCAACUAGCCCCAAAAGCGUUUGACGAGCAGAAUUAAUUUCACAGUUCUUCCUGUUAUUCGAAUUCCUCAAAAAACAUCACUGCCCGUCGAGCAAGUUAAAAACAGAAUUCACUAGCCCCAUAGAAAAAUUCACAAUUCCCGGCUAUCAGACACUACUUUCUUUGCACGCUGCUAAAUUAUAUUUAGCCCCAUUUGUUACUGUUAUAGCAUGGUAUCAAAAGAGCUCAGAUCAUCCCAGUUAGUGGAGCAUUCCACACCAAACUGAUGGAAUCUGCACAGGAUCCUCUAAGGAGGGCACUGGAGUCCAUUGAUGUACAAUCUCCUAAAUGUACAGUGUACUCAGGAACAAGCUGUGAACCAUUUACUACUCCUGAUCACAUUAAAAGGUAACAUUAAUGUAUAAGUCAAUUCCAAAAGUAACCUCUUUCCCUGGUCUGUGAGACAAACCUCAAUGCAUUUGACAUUAUUUUCCCCAGUUUGGUUGCAAAUUAGCCAGUCAAAUGCACCAUUGGUCAGAACUUCUCAGAGCAUCAGAUACAAACAAAGCAUUUACAGUAUUAAUUUUUGUUAAGAAAAGCUCUACUUUAAUGACAUUAAUAAUAAUAAUAACGUUGUUGUCAUUAUUAUGACUAUUAUUUUAUUAUUAUUACCGGUAUUAAAUAUUAUUGUUAUUAUUACAUCAAUCUGAGAACAAAGAACUAUUAAAACAAUCACUUUGCUGCAAUUCCACAAUCUUCAAGGUGAACUAUGAAAUUAAUAGUAAAUUUUAUGAUAAUAAGGAAGCCUACAACAAAAUUAUGAACCAUUCUGAAAGCAUUGCUUAAAAGUUGUAAGGUAUAUUUUGGUUAUUUAGUGCAUUUUCAGUUAAUAUUAAAUGGAAACAUGGAAGAGGACACAGGUGUAAUAUCGUUAGUUAACGUAACUAACGUUCUAAAAUUAAAGAGUUUCUUUCAAUUGAAAACUCUUCCUGCCCAAGCAAAACUGACAGUGUGUUGGCAAUAUAAUUUAUUUAAAACCUAAACUGUUGCAAAUCAUUUGACAGCGGUUAAGAUCAUCUGUCCCAGUCAUCAUUUCCUUGUGAAUUAGACCAUUAAAUGAUAUCAAAAUGAUAACCGCUCGACAACGAAUAAACAAAGUAAUCAUAUCAUCUCUGAAUGAAUAUUUAUUUGUAUAAGAAUAUUAUAUGUGUAGUCCUAAUUACAAUAACGUUGUCAUAUGAUAUAAUAAGCAAAAACAAAUGAAACAAAAUGGCCAAAUUAAUAUAAAUUAAUUAGCCAUGCAAUUUUUUUGAUAUAGAUGAUUUUGAAUUUUUAAACACUUUUGCAACAUUAGUUUUUGACAUCAGGUGAACAGACUGAGGACGCCAUCCUUUCGUCAAAAUAAGCUUGACUAAUUUAUUCUUAGUUUUUCAAUUCUGGUUUUGCUUAAUGUGCAAUUAGAACCAUGUUUAAAGUUAAAUAAAUUUUUCUGACCUUGAAAGAGUCUCACCCUAAAAAGAUUGAUUCGGUCAUGUAUUUUUUGUUGUUCACCAAAAUAAUGUUAUAUUUUCAUCUCUAUCAACUUCUUGAACAAAAUCAUCGAUACUUUGAGAAUUCAAGUGUAUGAUUGAUUUAACUUGUUGUAUUGCUUAAAGAAUGAUGAUUUAUGGUAUUGGUAUCACUCAUGAAACUUCAUAUCUUCAAGUCCUAUGAAAUGUUUGUACUUCCUCUGUUCAGAGAAGUUUUGAAUUUUUAUUUUAUAAAAUCACAAGUUUUUAUAGUGUCAGUCACAAUACCACAAAAUGUAUACUGGUUUGCCAAUAGUUUCCUAUUGAAAGGGGCCACUAAAAAAUUCCAGUUUGAGUGGUUUAUCAAUGACCAUGUGUUAAAUGAUAUUAGCCAUAAAAUGAUACAGCUUAAGUAUGCUGUAGGCUUGCUUGCAAUGUGUGUUGAUCCUAAUAGGGAUAAUUAGUUUUUUAUUAUGACAAUAUGAGCCAACAUGUCUUCAGUUAGAAAGAAGCAAUAUUAGUCUUUUCAGCAAGAAACACAUUUUACUUAUUUGCAUCUCUGUUUUUCCUAAUCAUUUGUUACUGCAGUUUUCCUUCAACAGUCUUACAACUGUUGCUGAAAGAAGCCCUCUUUUUAUCAGAGUCACUUCAAUCUUUCGCAAUUAUUUUAAUGGCCUAAAUAGUUCUUAAAAUCACUCUUGGUCUCUUGCAUUUUGAGGGCAAUAUUUGUUAGGUGUCAUGACAUUCAAAUCCUUUGAAUAUUUGUGGUUUUAACAUGUACUUCAAUAUUACAGAAUGAUAUUUAGUAUCACAAGUCACAAUUUUUGUUUUAGUUUCUCCCUUUUUUAUUUUUUGAUGUUGGUCUAGAGAAGUUAAGAGUGAGAUGUAGUGUUUUCUGCAAAGCAGUACAUCAAGAAAGUAUUGAAUAAAUUAAAGUAUUCAAGCUUUCCAGUUGACAUUUAAUUUGCAUUCAACAAGUUCUAGGUGGACAAUACCAUGAUGUAUAAGUAACAAAAGAAAACUUAAUGGUUAUACUAAUAUCAAUGAGAUUGGUCAACGAAUACAGGAGUUUGUGUCAGGGGUCAGUCAACAGUUAGCUCGUUACGGCCUCAAACAUGCAUAAUUUCACCUUGCAUAAAUGAAAAAUGAAAAAUAUAAUGAAACAACUUUUGGUAUGAAAAGAAGACAGAAGAUACAGGAAAAAUGUUUUAGAAAAGGGAAUUUGCUGUACUUAGCAUAUUUCAUUUGAGUUGAAGGGCUGCUUAGUUAAAUGACAUAUCACACAUAUAGCAUCGAAGCCUAACAUAAAUGUUAUUUUUGCUGGGAAAAGAGAGUCAUAUACCAUUUCCUUGAAUUUGGCUCUUGCUACAUGUAGAGCAACCCUAAUACAUAUUAUGUCCUAAAAUGAGAAUUUCUUGCAUUUGAAACUAAGUACAUGUUUCAAUGAUUUAGCCAGAAUUCAUUAACACAAAAGAUUUUUAUAACUAAAAAUAACUUAGUAUUGUUAUCUCUAGAAAUACCGUAACUAUUGUUUAUAGGAAAGAAUGGAAAGUGAAAGCAGUUAACCAUGACUACAUAUAUUUGGGCUAUUAAUAAUCUUUAUUCUUGGCAGUUUAAACAAGGUUUAACCCAUUAAUUCUCUUUCACCCCAAGAUAGAAAUGAUGGAAAAGUUUAUCAUUUUAACUUUUGAUUCUGUGGAUGAAAUUAACUGGUUUUAGGAUGUUUACAAAUUAAAAUUAAGGAGUUACAUCAAUAAUUGAAUAUUUUCAUAUAUACUGCAACUGCUAGUAGUGAAAAAUUUUAAGUGCUUCAAAAAAGGUGAUCUUUUUGUGGAGGUGUAAGCAGGCACUUGAAAGAGGGGGGAGAUAUUUGAAUGAUUAAUAAUGGUUUUAGGACUGAAUGGAGUCCAAUUCAGUCUGUAAUCAGGCGGGUGAUUAACAAAAUCAGACUACCGUGUUUGGGGAGUCUGAUUUGUCUAAUGAAUCACAAGUAUGAUUACAAAACGAACUGGAUGACACAAAGUUCUGUUACCAAUAAUGUUAUUAAUGAUAUAACUAUAAAAAAAUUUGUGACCACUGUGUUUUGGGAGUCUGAUUUGUCUAAUGAAUCGCAAGUAUGAUUACAAAACGAAUUGGAUGACACGAAGUUCUGUUACCAAUAAUAUUGUUAAUCAUAUAACUAUAACAAAAUUUGUGACCACUGUGUUUGGGGAGUCUGAUUUGUCUAAUGAAUCACAAGUAUGAUUACAAAAUGAAUUGGACAACACAAAGUUCUGUUACCAAUAAUAUUAUUAAUCAUAUAACCAUAACAAAAUUAAGUGACAUUUUAGGUUUUGUUUUAAAUUAAAACACUAGAAAUUCUGAGAUUUACCAGCAGCCAUUUAAGUGCUUGAAUGCGAUGGUGUGUACUGUCCAAUUACUUCAUUAGGCACCAUGUAUACUGUCCCAUUACACUGUCCUAUUACACUCAACUCCCUUUAUAGUGGAUACUGUCGAGGCCUUGAGUUAGAGUCCUCAUCAGCCAGAGUCCGUAAUAGCAGGAGUUUAUUUCAGUCAAACAUCUAUAAUUUUUUUUUGCCUGAGAUGUAUAGCUGCUGUCCGUAUUAUCGGGGUGGCGGUCCAUUAUAGCGGAGUGUUUGUGAGGCAAGAUGUAGUGCUGAAGUCAGGACAAUUGAUAGCCAACUUUGGUAUAGUUAUGGUUAUUAGAUAAAUAGUACGGUAUCUAUUUAAGAUAAAAUUUAAUUCCGGUGGUUGUUUAGUUCUUCACAUGCUAUUUACUGGUAUUUAUAUUGGUUAAAUACUGCAACAGUUGUUAUGGAGUUCAGGACUUGAUCCAUGAGACAGACAUCCAAUAUUAAUACCUUUUCUUCGCAAAAGCUAGUACCUAACUUCUCACCAUAAAUAUUAGCCUUUUAAUAGUUGACACAACUGUUGUGGAAAAUAGCAUUUUAGUUUGUUGUUGUGGGCAAACAUUGUUUAUUAUAAGUAGAGUUUACUAACUAAACAUGCUAGUUUGUAAGAUGAGCUCUUCUUCCUGAGAUGUAUGUAAACCACAUUACUGUGCAGGGGAAGUGGCCAAAAUGUCAGGAGCACCUGUAGUGUUUGUGAUAGGACAGUUGUAAGCAGUCUGUAUUUGUUGGAGUUUGAAAAUUUUGCCUCAAAAAUAUGUCUUUGAUUUUCAAAGAAGGUCUCAGCAUCUCAGAUUCUACCAUUCACCAUAUCCCUACUUGUCAAACCCGUAAAUAAUGCCAUCUCCAGUUCAUCACAUUUUGUGAGAGAUCUAGAGACGUCUUUGUUUUGAACCAAAACGUUCCAUACUGAUUAGUGUACAGUCCAUAAUCUGGACAGGAGCACUGAUUGGUAUUACUCUUUUUAAAACUAACAUGGGCACUUUCUAUGUCCCCCGCAUAGUCUGCAUUAGGAGGGUUUGACUCUAUAACUUGCAUAACAAAAGUCGCCAGAAGAAGUUUGCGUUUUCCAUGACAACCAAAUCAUGUAAACGUUGAUUUAGGUCAGCAGUAUGGAAUUUUUAAGGUCAAAAGGUUGACGUCUCUCACAAACGUCGGUAGUGACAUAAAGCGAGAAGAGGUGGUUAGUAUUUGACUACUGUCACGGCUGACAUAAUAGGCUGAUUUAGCAACAGAAUGGGAACAUCAGUUGACGACGGAGCACGCAAAUCAAACAACUGGCUUGACCAAUCGCAGAGCGGCAAAUUGGGCACUGUAAGUAGCAUUUAGUCCUUUCCGCCUGCUUUCCCGUCGUCAACUGACGUUCCCAUUCUGUUACUAAAUCAGCCUAAUGAUUAUAGGCUACAGGCACACACACUGACAUGCUUUUUGUUCCUGUUUCAGCUUGCUUUUGCGUCAGCUUGUAGAACCCGUCAAUUGGAUGCAAACUAUUCAAAACAUCACUAAGGAGUGUGGAAAUGAUAUAACAGUGUUUGAAAUAGGACCUGGAAAGCAACUGAGAAGUAUGAUCUCUCGUAUUGACAGGACACUGUUGACGAAUUUCGCCAAUUUGGAGACAUGAGUUUGUUAAAAAUCUCAAGUAAGCUGACUGAGUAGUACAUGAGCACAGACAUGUUAUUGAUAGUCGACUCUAUGAGGUCAAACGGAAAUGGGCAAUAUCAGGAGACAUAAAGGAGGAAUAUUUCUGGUCAUGCUACAAGAUUAUUACUGACUAUAAGCAUAUGUCAAUUAUGUCAAGAUACACAUUGUGUCAUUACAGAAAAAUCCAUGACCUCAUCACAGAGGAAUUUCAGGCAAGACCUCCCCCCUGUAGAGUUUCCAUUGAGUAACUUCAAAUUCAGUGGAGAAAACUGCAAGGUGGGAUCAUUCAAAUGAAACUUUAGCAGUGCCUUAGUAUCACAACAUUUUAGUGUCUGGCUUUAUACAAAAUAGUUUUGGCAUUUCUGAGAGUGAAAGGUUAAAAGUCUUACCACCUGAGAGUUUUUUCUUAUCGCGAUGCUGCUCAUUCAAACAUCAAGGUUGUUAAAAAAGGAAAUUAUCAAAAAGUGAAGAAGAACUGGUUGUGAAGAAGAACUGGAGGAUGUGGAGCAAAUCAGCCAAUAUUAGAGUUUGAAGGAUACAGGUACCAGGGACCUAUUUCUAUAAAGACACAGUAAUUCCAGGGUCCAGAAAGCUGUUUGGUUUACCCUCACAAUCAAGGUUUUGCUAGUUUUGCAGAUGUGAUAAACUAUGACACAACAGAACAAAAUGGACUGGUUUGUUGGCUAGGACUGUGCUUUCUUUCUUUAGAUUUUGAUUUUAGUUUUCGGUGUCAGGUCCAGAAAGUUACCAGGACUUUCGAGAAAUGGGCCCAGAACAGCUAACCUUGGGUGAACGAAUGACUCGCGGCUUCUCAUACAACAUGAACAUUAUU